AUGUCCGACUCAGAAUCAAUUAAACGGACAAACAGCUACCCUGCCGACAAAAACGGUGGUAGUCCCACACCUAUUUCUCCGACUCCGUCUACCCAGAGUGGCACGUCCCAGGGUCCAAAACCGCAAAGGUCUUCGAGAGCAUUACGGUCGACACCAUUGCCUGCGUCUCACGCGUUGAUGAACCACCAGCAUUUGACAGGCUCGGCAUCUCACCACAGACAGUACAUUCUACUGAGAGACAAGGGCAAUAACACCAAUUCUCCAGUCAUAGGAGGAUCAAGCGUGGCUUCGUCACCACAGGUUGGUGCGGCUUCUCAGAAGGGAUUAAAUGUCAUUCAAGGCAAACCGCGGCCGUUUUUACGCAAAGCUCCUAGCUCAAAAUAUAUUUUUAGUGUUGAUGACGAUGAAGAUGAGGUUGAAGAAGACCUAAACAGGGAGUAUUUAGAAGGAUACACAGAUGCAUUGCGCCAUAGGUUCAAAAAAUCUCUGGCCACUUCAACUGGCUCUUUGGACCAAGCAGACGCAAAGACUCGGAAAAUCCACGAGCUAGAAACAGAAAUCGCCCAGAACCUCAUAUCGACUGCUAAAGAUAUUUCGACACUCCGCGAGAGAGAAGGAGAUUCUGUUCACCUUGAUCACGACGAAAACGCCGAACCUCUAAACGAAGAGGAUAACGCAAUCAAGCCUCGUACAUCCGUCCACGAACUUUCUGAAAGAGACAACGAUAAUUCAGACGCGGAAUCCACAUCUUCAAGCGAAAGUUUCACCUUGAGAGGCCGUCAAGAUGCAAUCAACGAGACACAUCCUUUUGGUAUCCGUAUUUGGAAGCCCGCCAUUUACAAAAAGAACAGAUCCGUUGAGAUCGAAGCAGAAAAUGACAUUCAUUCCACUCCUCAGGUUGCAAGAGAAGUUUCUCCUUCAAUUGCGUUUUGUAACUUUAUUUGGAGCUGCACCUUUGGUUUAGCUUUAUUUUUCGUUUGUCUGUUCACUGGUAUCAUCACCUUGUUCUUCACUAUGUUUUCCAAUCCUCGCAAAAGUGAUUCCAUUCGGUACGCCAAACUUUACCUUAAUUUCAGCACCUAUCUUUUGAAUCCAUUUGGAAAGAUUAUGUUGCUUCGCGAAGACAAGAACUACCUGACAGAAGAUGCAAACGUUGGAAGCACUUUGGCAGAGUUUGCAAGAUGGCGGACCCAAGAUGAGGGCCGUUUGUUUUAUGCUGCACCAAGCCGCAAGCGUCCAGCCAACGAGAACACACCGUUGCAAGAAAAUGGGGAAACGCAGUACGGUUCUGAAGAUAGUACUCCCAAAACGGACGAUCAGGAGGACUCUGAUGAAGACGUUUAUUUCUCGAAACAGAGACUUUUUGGCAGAGGAAAAUGGAACAUUGGCCGGAUCAUUUUCUUUGCGCUGUUUUAUCUGAUUGCCCAGCCUGUGAUGCUAUUGAUGGGAGCCAUUUUGUGGCUCCUUGUUUUCACCAUCCCCAUGGCAAAAGUUCUUUUCACAGUUUGCAGCCAUAUACGGAGACAUCCAUUAGCAAUUUGUGUUGAAGUUGAAAAGGACUACUAUCAAAAAAGACUUUCAUCCAAUACCUCUCACGAAUCCAUUUUGAUCUGCACGUACAGAAGUCUGGGAUUCCACUACUACAAGUACACUGUUGACGGUACGAAUAUUUUCUUCAUCAACCUCAUUUUCCUUGUGUUCUUCACCAUCUUUGAUUUCUUUGUCUUGCACGAAUACUUCGGAUUGGAGACAUUGAUUGUUGAUCCAAUUCUCAUUUUUGUUCUUUGCUUGGUUUCUAUCAUCCCAUUAGCAUACUUUAUCGGACAAGCCGUUGCAUCUAUCUCGGCGCAAACCUCCAUGGGUCUUGGUGCAGUGAUUAACGCAUUCUUUUCCACUAUAGUGGAAGUUUUCCUUUAUUGCAUGGCAUUGAAUCAGUCGAAAGGAAAAUUGGUUGAAGGAUCUAUGAUUGGGUCUGUCUUGGGAGCGGUGUUACUAUUACCUGGAACCUCUAUGUGUGGAGGUGCUUUCCGGCGGAAGACUCAGAGAUACAAUCCAGCAUCUGCCGGUGUUUCUUCGACGAUGUUGUUGUAUGCAAUUUUUGUCAUGCUUUCGCCAACCAUCCUGUACGAAAUCUAUGGACAAUACGAGGUUCGGUGCUUCGAUUGCGAAGAAACCGUUGACUUGGCUACUGGGAACGACUGUAAAAGGUGUCAUUUCUUGCAACCGAAUCUUGCCGUUGACAGACUAUAUCUUGAUUACCUGAGGCCGUUCACGCUUAUAUGUGCCGUUGGACUGUUUUUUGCAUACUGCAUUGGACUGUUAUUCACAUUGAAGACCCAUGCAGCGCUCAUUUGGAGUACGCCUGUUGUCUCUGAAAAGGAGAAAAAAACGGAUCUGGCCUCUAACACCGAAAAUAAUAGUGUCAAGUCUUUGAGGCUGGACAACACUGCUGGUCAGAAAAGAGGACCAACUUCCACACCAAAACUCUCUGGAUCCAAACAGAACAAUGCCCAGACAACACCAACUCAAGUUGUUGCUCAACAACCCAGCAGUGGAGGCCAUGACGCUCCUAAUUGGUCUAGAACCAAGAGUACCACAAUUCUAUUGCUUGCAACCUUGCUGUAUGCGGUGAUUGCAGAGAUUCUGGUUGACGUGGUGGACGAUGUUCUAAGUGCAUAUCCAAUCAACCCCAAGUUCUUAGGACUUACGGUUUUUGCAUUGGUUCCAAACACCACCGAGUUUGUUAAUGCCUUCUCUUUUGCUACGCACGGAAAUGUUGCCUUGUCAAUGGAAAUUGGUUCUGCCUAUGCGCUUCAGGUGUGUCUUCUUCAAAUUCCAAUUGUCACACUGUACUCUUUGAUCCAAAAUGUUGGAGCUGCUCCAGAAGACAUUAAUAGACUGUUUUCACUGAUCUUCCCUCGUUGGGACUGCAUAGCAGCUUUGAUCUCAGUUUACAUGUUCACCUACGUUUACGCCGAGGGAAAAUCGAACUACUUUAAAGGAUCGAUUUUGAUUCUGGUUUAUAUCAGUGUUAUUGCUGGUUUUUAUUUCUCGCUGGUUAUCGACUCUAAUGGACUUCACCUUGAAAAGCUCAGACUUUUCUUCAACCUGUCUCAAAAAGUCAAAGUUGGAGACCUGGUCCAAAACAUACAAUCCAAUUCUGGCUCCCAAUGGGUUUCCACCGUAAGUUGUACCGUGAUCUCCCACAUUGAGAGUUUUCUCAACAGCCUCGGUGAUCAUAGUGGCUCCGAUUGGGAAUCCGUUUCCAAGAGCCUUGGCCAUGGUCACGAUAUCUGGAUGAGCCGUUUCUGGGAGCUUGGAGUGAGCCCAGAGACGGCCGGAUCUGCCCAGCCCACAUUGGAUCUCGUCGUAGAUCAAAAUGACCUUGUGCUUGUCACAGAGUUCUCUCAAUUGGGUCAUAAAUUCAGCGUUCAUAGGGAAGAUUCCACCUUCUCCUUGAACAGGCUCAAUUAUAACACCACAGGUUUUGUCCGAAAUGACCUGCUCCACAGACUUGAUAUCGUUUGGCUUGGCAACCUUGACACCUGGAACAAGAGGAGUGAAAGGCUUUUGGUAUUUUGGGUUUGGCGUCACAGAAAGGGAUCCCAUAGUUCUGCCAUGGAAAGAGUGCUCAAAAGUGAUAAACUCAAUCUUAUCAUCAGAAAUAGACUUUCCGUACUUUCUAGCAAAUUUCAAGGCAGCCUCGUUGGCCUCAGUACCUGA